UUGAAAUAAAAAUGAAGUAAGACAUAAAAGGAUACGACGCCUUACGUGUAUACAUGGAAUUGUGUGCUCUGCAAAAACAAAUGAAGGUUGGCAAUGGCAGAUUUAUUUAACGAUCAAUCAUCAACUCUCUCUAUCAACAUAAAUUAACCAUUCCUCAAUUCGAGAUAUUUAAUCCAAUAUUAAAUCGGCAAACUACCCAUAUUCAUUCAUUCACACAAAUGUCAAGUAACGAAGAAUCCAUGGAAGAUAGCAAUGGUCAUUCAUUCGGCAAGGUCAAACAGCGUUUCAAAGAUCGAUCUCAGAAAACCAAGGAGAAGACGAAACAGAUCUUGUCAAAACAAGCUGCACAGAUCGCUAAACGGGCUGAGGAACAUGAACGAUUCAUCAACAAGGUGACUCAUCUGAUGGGUGUUCUUGGGUUUGGGGCAUUUUGCUUUAUUUUGGGUGCAAGGCCUAAGGAUAUUCGAUAUGUUUACUGUUUGUUCUAUGUCAUCUUUGUUCCUCUGAGAUGGAUCUACUAUAGAUACAAGAAAUGGCAUUACUAUCUUUUGGACUUCUGCUAUUAUGCAAACACAAUUUUCUUAGUCACACUUCUGUUUUUUCCUACUAAGGAGAAGCUAUUCAUGGUUUGUUUCUCAUUCGCUGAGGGACCUCUAGCAUGGGCAUUGAUUGUUUGGCGGUGUAGCUUAGUGUUUAGUUCAGUGGAUAAAAUUGUCAGUGUCUUCAUACAUCUUUUACCUGGGUUGGUUUUCUUCACAAUUCGCUGGUGGGAUCCUGAGUUUUUUGGAGCUAUGCAUCCCGAAGGGACUCCAGAACGAGCAUCAUGGCCUUAUGUAGAAAGCCAGUCCUACCUUUGGACUUGGCUAUUUUGGGUACCGUUAGCUGCAUACUUUCUCUGGCAGGUUCUCUAUUACCUCAUAGUAGAUGUCCUACGUCGACAGAGGUUUCUGCAAGACCCUGAAGUCAUGACAUCUUACAGGGAGCUGUCCAAAAAAGCAAAGAAAGCGAACAACGUAUGGUGGCGUGUUAGUGGUUUGCUCGGGGAUCAGAAUCGCUUGCUUAUGUAUAUUCUGCUUCAGGCCGUAUUUACUAUAGCAACUACAGCGCUCACGGUGCCCAUAUUUCUGUCAUAUAAGUUGCAUGUUGUAUUCCAAAUAUUCAAAGUUUCAGCAUCUAUAUGGAAUGGUGGAAACUUUAUGCUUGAUGUGAUGCCCAGACAAGUGAUUCUCAAGGAGGAAAAGAAAAAAUCAAAGAUGUCAACUGUCCCCGACCAGAACGAUGAGAUUUCUUUACAGGAGAGCGCAACGGAAACCAACAACACUUCUGAAACAGUUCAUUCUGAAUAAUGGAACUAUCUGAUUUGGAGUGUUCAUCAUCUGACUUAGCUGUUGUUAACUUUUCUAUCUGCUUUACACAUGAAUGAAAGGUUUAAGUUCUGUGACUCACAAGUUGUAGAUUUGGUGAAAGGAAAAAUGAACCAUCUUCAUUCUAUUGUGAAUUUGUAAUUGAGAUCAAUCUAGGUGCUCCAGCCAAUAGAUAUCGCUAUGAGUAGUUUAUUUUUGUCCUGGUGGAAUUAUUAUAUUAUUAAUACAAGCUUAAUGAUUA